AUGUUUGGAUCUGGAAGCUCAGAAAUGAGAACUCCAAUUUUCUCCAGUGAGAACUACGAGUUCUGGAGAAUCAAGAUGGUGACAAUCUUCAAAUCACAUGGGUUGUGGAAUAUGGUUGAGAAGGGAGUUAAAACGUCCGAUUCGAAGAAGAAGAAGCCUGAAGGAUCAUCGGAGGAUGAUGUAGAUGAAGAAAUGCCCGCUGUGUUGAUACAAGACGCAAAGGCUUUGGGAAUCAUUCAGAAUGCAGUCUCGGAUCAAAUCUUCCCUCGAAUCGCCAUUACCGAAUCAACAAAGAUGGCAUGGGAUUUGUUGUAUAGAGAGUAUCACGGUGGUGAUCAGGUACGAUCUGUGAAAUUACAAAAUCUGAGACGUGAAUUUGAGUAUGCUAGAAUGCGUGAUGAUGAAACUCUGUCUGGGUAUCUUACUAGGCUAAAUGAUUUGAUAAAUCAGAUGAAAACAUUUGGGGAAAUUUUGUCUAUUGAAAGACUUGUGCAGAAAGUUCUGAUUAGCCUUAGUAAAUCAUAUGAUCCCAUAUGUCUUGUCAUUGAGAAUACAAAAUGUUUGGAGACUGUAGAAUUGCAGGAGGUAGUUGCAAUUUUAAAGAGUCAAGAACAACAGUUUGAUUUGCAUACGGUUGAUGCAACUGAGAGAGCAUUCUCUUCACUCUCUGUGAAUCCAAAGGAACAAAACAAGAGUGGUGUUCAUUCUGGUUCGUCUAGAUUUCAGAGAAAUUGGAAUUCUAAAGGCAAGAAAUGGGAAUCAAAACCCAAAUUUCAGCAGAAAUCUCCUCUGCACAAUUAUCAGAAUGUAAAUGCAUCUCAGUCAAUGGGUCAAGAGGUUGCAAAGCCUCAGUGCAAGGUGUGUUCUAAAUAUGAUUUUGGUGAGUGUAGAUACAAAGGGAAACCAAAAUGCUUCAACUGUGAUAAAUUUGGGCAUUGGGCUAAAGAGUGUACUGUAGGCAAAUCAGUGCAAAAGGAAAAUAAUGCAAAUCAAUUGGAGAUGACAGGGAAUCUGUUUUAUGCAAACAACACAGUCACAGAACCAAAGGUGAAUGGAGAGUGA